GUUUAAUUUAUAGAUCAAAGAACUUAUGUUGAAAAUUUUGUUGCAGAGAUCUAUCAUACAAUUAUUUUUCCGGCGAGUUUCCUUUAUGGAUGAAAAAUACAAAACAAAAGAAUUUGAUAGAGAAUUCAUUUAACAAGAAUUCUACUUCUGAAAGCGGUCAAGAUUAUCUUCAAAGAGGAUUCAAGUGCAAAAACCCAAUGUACACUUCUUUGGACAUCAACUGUGGAGGUUAUCCGUGGAGUACUUACGAGAAGGAUACCAAUCCAUUAGGCCCUUCCUCAUACUUUUCGAGCUCUAAUGGGAACUGGGCAGUCAGUACUACAGGACUUUUUAUGGAUGCUGAAGACCAUAAAUGGAUAGUGACAGGCAACAGCUCUGAAUUUGCCAAAGGAAUAUAUACAGAAGUGUAUGGAACAGCACGUUGUGCUCCUAGCUCCUUGAGAUACUAUGCAUUGUGCCUUGAAAAUGGAGAAUAUAAUGUACAACUCCACUUUGCUGAGAUAGUAAUAUCCAACGGAAUGACCUUUGCAAGUCUAGGAAGGCGCAUCUUUGAUGUAUAUAUUCAGGGAAUCAGAAGAUUGAAAGAUUUUAAUAUCAAGGAUGCUGCUGGAGGCUCAUAUAAGGUAGUAAUAAAGAAUUUCACGGUAAAUGUGACUGAGAACUAUCUGGAGAUUCACUUCUUUUGGGCAGGAAAGGGAACAAAUGACAUACCAGUGAAGGGGACAUACGGACCUUUGGUAUCAGCUAUCAGAAUCACUACAAACUCCAAAAUCAACGGCACAAAUAAAAGCAACAAAAGUAUGAUUAUCGGUAUAGUUUUCGGUGCAGUAAUUGCUUUAGGCUUGGCAGUGUGCUUGGCAUUCAUCUUUAUCAGAAAAAGAGCUAAAAGGAAGAGCGGAUCCUAUGAAACCAAAAAUGAUAAAGGAUUGACAGAUAUGGACACGAUUUCCAAUACAUUCAGUCUAGAGGUGCUUAAAAAUGCCACAGGUGACUUCAAUCCAGAGAAUAAGAUAGGAGAAGGCGGGUUUGGUGCUGUUUUCAAGGGUAUUCUUCCAGAUGGAAAAAUGAUUGCAGUGAAGCAGAUGUUUCCCAAGUCAAGACAAGGCAAUCGGGAGUUCCUUAAUGAAGUGGGUACAAUAUCUGCAGUGCGGCAUCCCAAUCUAGUUGAAUUGUAUGGAUGCUGUAUAGAGGGAAAACAACUACUUUUGGUCUACGAAUACAUGGAGAACAACAGUCUAGCCCGCAGUUUAUUUGGUCCUGAAGAAUUCGGACUUAAGCUUGAUUGGCCUCAACGAUACAACAUUUGCCUUGGAGUUGCACGUGGACUGGCAUAUUUGCAUGAAGAAUCAAAACUGAGAAUUAUACAUCGAGAUAUCAAGGCCACAAACAUCCUUCUAGAUCAACAUUUGAAUCCAAAAAUCUCCGACUUUGGACUGGCCAAGUUAUUUGACAAAGAGAAAACUCAUGUCAGCACUAGAGUGGCAGGAACAAUAGGAUAUAUGGCACCGGAAUAUGCUUUAAAAGGACAACUUACAGAGAAGGCAGAUGUGUACGGUUUUGGAGUGGUAGUCCUUGAAGUUGUAAGUGGCAGAACUCACACAGAGAAGACAUUGGAGGGAGAGAUGGUUUAUCUGUUGGAAUGGGCUUGGCAUUUGUAUGAGAAGAAAAGGUUGCUAGAUUUGAUUGAUGUAAAUCUAAAAAGCUCAAACUAUUCUAUGGAAGAAGUUUUAAGGGUGAUCAAUGUGGGCCUAUUAUGCACCCAUGGAACACCUACAUUGCGGCCUUCAAUGUCCACUGUUGUUGGAAUGCUAGAAGGAAAAAUAGAAGCUCAUGUUUCAUAUUCUAGACCACCAUAUUUAGGAAAACAACAAGUUGAUAUGGACAAAGAAGAUUUGUCAUCACACACUGAGAUAUUAAGUUUGGAAGGACCAUCCAAUAUUAGUUCCUCUAUUUAGGAAAGCUUUGGUAAGAAGAAGCAAACAAAGGGAUGAUAAUGUCGCAUAUGAUGAAGUAGAUCUUCUAUUUUUUAUACAAUUUCACCCUUGCUAUCCUUGAUUAAAAUAUGGAUUAUGAUAAGUAUAUAUUAAAGAUUAGAUGUCGAAUGUUCAUAAUAGUUAUGUCAUUGGAUCACUUCCAACAUAUGCAAUAUAAGCAUCAAUAUGUUGAGCAUUAUAUUUGUUAAGCACUUCUUAAGAAAAAUACAUAGAUACUAGCACUCAUUAAGAUAUAUAAAAACUAAGACGGUAAAUUGAUAUGCUAUGUAGUGAUUUUUCUUGUAAAUGACUUCAUCCAUCAUUUGAUUAGAGGAAGAAGGAAUUAUAUGUUCAUGUUUCACUA